AUGACCUCGCUGAUUCUACGUGAGUACGACGUAAUCUUUAUGGCAUCUAUGGUUGGGUUGACCAGAGAGGCAAAGGCUAAAGCUAUUGAACAUUUAGAGAAACACAUGGCUCCUGGAGCGCUUCUCAUGCUUAGGAGUUCUCAUGGACUUAGAUCUUUCAUAUAUCAAUCCGUUGAUCCUUCUGAUCUUAAAGGCUUUGAUGUCUUGACGAUUCAUCAUCCGAUGACCAAUGACGUGCCUACCUCUGUGGUGAUUGCACGCAAGCUUGGUGGUAAGUCAACGUACGAGGAGAAGAAUGGGAUUCGUAGCGGCAAGAUCUGA